CAGCAUCUGUGUCGCUCUUGGCAAACAUUACACUUCAAAUCUCGUGUCUGCAAGUACAUCCGGGUGACAGGUGUGAAGAACACGGUAAACAAGGUGUUUCAUCUCGUAUCCUUCGAAUGUUGGCACACUGCCAAGCCAUUCCAGCUGGACGACGGACUAAUCGUGCCAACUGAGAAUGUUGCAACAAUUCCGAAGAGUGCAUGUGUUAUAGAGGGCGUGAGUCGCAGCAGGAAUGCACUGUUGAACGGCGACACCAAACACUACGAUUGGGACUCGGGCUACACUUGUCAUCAGCUGGGAAGUGGGUCAAUUGUUGUUCAGUUAGCCCAGCCAUAUGUCAUAGGAUCCAUAAGGUAUGAGAUUUGCCCGGCCCAGGCUAAGUGUUCACAGAAAAAAUAUCAAACCAAUGUGUCUAUAAUUUACCAUGUGAAAGGAG